AAGGCGUCAACUCAAGCCAGCAAGUUCUUCCUCCCAGUGAAUUAUGUCAACAAGUGGCAAUUGAACACGGAGGAAAGCAAAGCAGAGUUGGAGACAUGCCAAAAAUUGACGUUCCCUCACAACCGCCUAGAAAACGGCAAGUUUAUAUCAAAUACCUUUCAAGUUUACCGAGGAGAGCAUUCUCUGAUUUUACGGAGAGAUACAUAAGCACGAUAGAUCCAAUUUGGAAGAAGGAGGAAGAACCCGUGGAGGAAGGCUCCGUCUGCAUUGUUGUCUGCUUCACCUUGUCACGUCUCCUUGAUGAUAUAUCAGCUGUCGUCAACAUAACACCAAAAGAUUGUACCAACAUACUUGUUGUGAUCCAGAAUUGCCGGGAAGGAAUUGCUCCAGGACCAAUGCUGAAACACAACCCAGACAAAUGCUUUACAGAUUUUACCAAUAUCUUAUACGGGGACGGAGAAUGUUAUGAUUGUGAUAUAAACUCUAGAGCAAAAAAGACAAUCCAAUCCUUCAUCAACAGUUACUGAAAUGCAGAUUGACUAUAUUUUUUUGACACGGAAUUAUGGUACAU